CCGAUCGACGAAACGACAUAAUCGACGCCAAAUAAACAGCAUCCAUACAAUAAAACCGACUAUUGUAGUAUCAUCAUAUUAUACUGCACAUUUUACAUAAUUCUGCCCACAGUGCAGACGACAAUGCUAGCCAAAUCUUUCAUUCUAAUUCUAACGUCAAAAAUAAUUUUAGCACAGAUCAGCGGUGAAUUCUGGUGGUUAAGUGAAAAGUUGCCGUACGUGAAACAUGUUGAAGCCCCGACAAUCGAAGAUGACAAUGAAUUCGACACAGAUGAAUCAGCAAAAAUCAUAUUCAAAGACAAUAAGGAGAAUAUCAAUGAUAACGCGAUUACUGUGGGGGAUAAGAAACAUCGUAAAAGCGAAAAAUGGAAAAUCGAGGCUCAUUUCAGAGAAGAUAAUAAAAUCAUGUUUUCAGAUGAAUAUCUAAGCCACGAUUCAAAUGAAAAUACAAAUGUAACAGAAAGACCGGAAAAAAUUAAAGACUUUAAAAAAACGCAGGCCAGUGUCCUACCUAAUUACGAAGACGAAUUUAAAUUUUAUUUUCCAGAUGAUUUUUUAACGACGAAUGAUAAAAAAAAUGCCAAUUCAAUUUCCGUGUCUAAAAAAAAGGUUCACUCAAAUAAUAAAGACAAAUAUAUAGCAAAUAACAUGGAUAUAUCUGAAAACAUCUGUAAUCACAUGGAGAAAUAUGAAUGUUAUCAGCAGAAUGGUAUUGUCUACAAGCAUAACUACCGGUUUGAUGUGACAUCACAAUCAAAUGGCCAUUUGAUCUGUUGUGUACUGCCUUUAAUGAAAGAAGAUGUAUCAAGAAUAAUAUUUCCUGGUCCUUCUUACAGUCGACAGAAAAGAUCAAAACAAAACGAUGGCAGAAACCCUGCUUUGAAACAGAGGGAGGUUUUGUUGAAACGGCGCUAUAGUAGUUCAACAGAUAAGAAAGUUACAACCCCUAAGAUAGUUUCCACCGAUUACGAUGAUGAAGAAUAUUCUAAUACCGAUCCUUACUGGAAUAUAAAAAAUACAAAUUUAAAAUUGUCCAGUACAAAUAAUGCUGCAAGUACAAUAAAAUCUUGUUAUCAAGACGAGGAUUACGUAGUAGAAGUACCGAGGCCUGGGCUUUUAGGCGUAUAUUCUGAUCACAGUCGUCCAGGAUGGUCAAUAAAUGAUAAGGACCCUUAUGGAGGAAGUGCAUAUGAAGACGAUGAUAACUAUGACGAUGAUUUACCUGGUUAUUCCACGAUUGAUCCAAGAAAAGAUACCACUACAUCAAAAUUUCCUAAACGCGGAAAGCCCUCGAAACUUUCCACUAUAUCCGAGGAAAAUUACAGCCCUGAAAGUCAGACAAUAAGCUUCCAAUCGAACCCAGACUUUCAAGUACUACAGGGUUUCAAACUUAUCAAUUUGGCGAGGAAUAAGAACAAAUAUUACUCAAAUUCAAAGAAGAUUACUUCUGAGAGCGUGGUCGAGGAAAGCAGCGAAGAGUCGAUUUUAAUCGAAGCUAAUUCGGAAAAUCGCAAUAAAGAUACAAAAAAAAUUAGGAACUGCGGGAAGGUCGUGGGAAAUUUUGUUUCAAGGGAUGGCAAGCAGUUAGGCAGUUCGGAAAAUGGUUCGCAUCCGUGGUUGGCACUCGUUGUGUUGACAAAGCGGCGUCAAUUCAUUCUAUGUUACGCAACUAUAGUUCAUCCUAGAGCAGCACUAAGUACAGCCGACUGUAUUUAUGGGAGGUCAAGUGGAGAAGUAAUGGUAGUCGCUGGACUGCGAGAUCUGAAGGAUAAAUUGACCGCACAGUACAGAGAGGCAUCCUCCGUUGUACACCCACAUUACAAACCCAAUGACUUGGCUCACAAUUUGGCGAUUUUGCACUGGAGUCUUCCCCUGAAGCUGACUGUGAACGUGCAACCAGCAUGUCUCGGGGAGCUUCAAGAAAAUAGUGAAUGCUUUAUCUAUGGUUGGGGCGGAUACGAUCAAGCCAUCAGGAGUCGAUCGCGCUGGCAGCGUGCAUCGAUCCUAAACACUCGAACUUGCAAGGCAAGGCUUUCAAGCCAAUCCAAAAACCGUCAACUGCCCAGCGGCGCGUUCUGUGCUGAGGUUCAAGCCAAGGGGACUGUGACCGGCAUCGGCGGUCCCCUGAUGUGCGAAAUGAGCGGGCAACACUCGGCCACAGGAGUGGCGGUGUGGCGCAACAGCGUUCUCAUACUGCUGCCGACGCUAGGCUGGCCCGAGCAGGCGUUGGACACUCUAUUGGAAGCUUGGUAA